AUGCGAGCCUCAUCCAGAAGAGGGAUCACCAUCUUCUUCGACGUCAAAGUCACCACCUGGCCGUGCUCUGUCCACCUCACAUGGGCCAAACCAGUCCCAAGACCUGUUGACGCCAGGUGGGGCUUUGAUGAUUGGCUGCUCUUUGGGAUUAUAUUGACAAGCUUUGUAGCGUCGUUAUACUUGUCAAAAUCCCGUGAUAUGGCAGGGAUUAGUGCAAUCCGAGACGAGCGCCCUCAAGCGGACGAUGGUUUUGGACCAGAGGAUAGAAGAUCGCACACUUCGGACCGUCUCAAGCGCCCCGAAGGGGGUUCCCUCAUGCAAUUCGGUCCCACAUCACUGUGGUCAUAUGCUCAAGACUCCAAUCAGCGCCCAACCAAUCUCACUCCUUAUCAACAUCCCUCUGUGGACCUGAAGCCCGGUGACUGGAUAGACUGGGCACGCGCAUUGCCUCAAGAUCUUCCAAUAUCGAAACACAACCAUGACAGGGCGAUAUCUCUCUUUGAGACAUACUAUGCUUCUUGGUGUAUGGUAGUCGACAUGCCGGCCUUCCUAAGAGACAUGGAGCUGUGUUCUCUCGUCACAAGGAUUCCACAAGAAAGCACUCCGCCGACGCGAACCGCUUCAUACUCCCCCCUUCUUCACAACUGUGUCCUGUACAUCGGCCUGCACUUGGGGCAGGAUGAAUGGCCCGAUCUAGUACAAGCAAUGGAUGGUGUAUUCGACAAGAAUUGUGCUGCUCUGAUCAUGGGAGAAGCUGAAGAUCCAAGCACCAGCACGCUGAGAGCUUUGAAUCUAUUCGCAACGUGUCUCAAUGUGCGCAAGGACAAUUCUGCUCGCAACUCGGGUUACAUCUACUUCGGUAUGGCUUUCGCCGCUGGGCAGGCUUGUGACCACCUUGUUCGCUCGGGACAGAUCACAUACGAUGAAUGGGAGCUGCGUAACAACACCUACUGGACUGUCUAUCAGCAAGACUUGCUACGAGCUAUUGCCUCCGGUCGCCCUCCAAUGCUUGCCGGCCAGCCCGAGAUCGCUUUCCCCACCGUAAACACCUCCACGGACUCCACCAUCUGGCACAAAAAGAAGCCUCAAGACCAACCUGGCCUGGCCGACGGACUUCCAAGUAUGGCGUCAACCAUAUUCCAUUGGUCAGCGAGGCUGUCUUGUAUAUUGCGGAAAGUGAUGGACACGCACCUCUAUUCUGGGAAGAGUGAACCUCAAGGCGGCGACUCUCGUAUCCUCGCUAUAGCACACGAGCUCGACAAUUGGCACAUAGAUCAGCCCUUCCAACAACCCCUCUCCCAUCCUGUCCCACACCUUCUGGUAUCGCAUAUGAUGUACCAUCUGACAUCCAUCUACCUCUUCCGGCCAUACUAUCGCUCUCAGCUGGACAUAGUACCUUCACCAGCCGCAAGAUGCGAUAAUGCCGCCAAGGCAAUAACGGAACUUUUGAGAGCGUAUGACUAUGAGCACGGACUCCGGAACGCAGUGGCGACGUUGAUACCCAUCGUGUUCGCCACCGCCACCAUUCAUCUUUUAGCCCUCGUCUCGAAUCAUGCAGAUAUCACAAGUAACGUAGAAGCUCUUGACGAGGCGGCAUGGUUUAUGACCCAGCUCAAACCUUCCUGGAUUGAAGCAAGCCGGGGUCUGGAAGUGAUCAACGCCCUACGCGCCGAAUGGCUUCCAGAGCAAACUGCCUCAAUCGACGUUUCACAGCUGCCUCAUAAUCAGGCCAUCCCGCACUUCGAGUCGGAAGAGCUACCGAAAGAGCUCCAUGAAUGGCUUCUUGGGACAAACUUUUACGAUAUCUUGCACGGAGAUCGGGAAAUGUCUUUCGGGAGUAGCAGUCUCUUAUGA